GCCCUAAAAAAACACAUCUUAACAAUUAAGAAAGUAUAAUAUUCGUUGAUUUAGUAAUCAACAAUUUAAAACCAUUCCAAUUAAAGGGAAAAAAUCUCUAAUUACAAUUUAAGAGAUGAAAUUAUAAUCAAUUGAAAGUCUAUUGCAGAGAAUCAAUUGUUUCGAAUUACAAACGAACGUUCAAAUAAUCGAGUUAACAAUCAAUAUUUUUCUUCUCUAAUUGCGAACAACAUGUUAAUCGAAUCAAUCGAAAGUUAAUUGUUCCAAUGUGAGAAUUGAAUAUAAGAAUUUGUUAAUUGUUACUUCACCAUAAUGGGUAACAAAUUGUCUUCUUAUUGGCGUUCGGAAACUGUUAGUGAAGAUAAAAGUGGUGGGCAAGAAGAUGAGCCUACGUGUGACCCGAAAAGUGUAGUUAAUGGUCAUUCAAGUGAUUCUGGUGAUGAAGAUACUCAACAAGAUCAAGAUGGCGGUAAUCUAGACGAUAGAAAUGAUAAUGAAUCAGACGAUAUUGAACCAUCUUCUGGACUUUCUAGCACCAAAGAUAAUUAUGACCAUGAGAAAUGUGUCAAUACAGCUAAUGGCGGGGAAGAUGAUGAAGAAGAAAUAAAAUCAAAAGAGCCGGAGGCAAAUUACAAACAUGGUUCAAAUAAUGGUGUUGAUAAUGAGAGCUGUAAUGAGGCAAUGGAGAAUGGUACAAAUGGCGGGGAUGCAGUUAUCCCUAUUAUCUUGCUCAAUGAUAUAUUCAGUCAGGAACACUCAUCAUCAUCUUCACAAUUAGCUGAUUCAAGGAAUGAUUUUACCACAACUAAUCCAGCCGAACAAGCCAGGAUUACUUAUGCCGCUGUAUCACGAAAUCACAAUAAAGUCUUAAUGGGUACCCAUCAAAGACAAAGUCAAUUGACCCUGGAAAGCAGGAAACGGGAACACUCAGCUGAUUCUGAUAGGUCCACACCAAAUUAUCAACAUGCUUAUUUAAAUGAGCUACCAGUGGCUAAUCGUAGUAAGAAAGCUAAAUCAUCAGAAACAGAUUCAGUCUCUUCUUCACGAAGUGAUCGGGCAUCAACAGAAAUUGAACAAAUUACACCUAAAGUUGCCAAAAGUAGGAAACGACGGGCUAAACCAGCGAAAAAAUAUCUAUCUUAAUUAAGAUAUUAUUUAACUAUUGGUCAUCUCUUUUAACUCUUUUUCUUCAUCCAAACCUGUUUGAAAUUUUUAGUUUCUUUUAAAUUCUCUCUUUCUUUCAAUUUUUACAAAUCCUAUCCUCAAUCUACUUUAAAAAAACAUGACGGACAAACCCCACUCUUUAACUUUUCUCCUAUUUUUAUCCAUAUCAAUUUCUAUGGAUUAAUAAGGAAUUAAAACCUUGAUUAACGUAACACAAGGUUAAUCUUUUUGAGCACAUCAUCCCAAUCACUCUGAUUUAACUCAAAAUUUCAACCAAUUUUCAAUACUUUAGAUCCUCUACCAUCUUCUAUGUACAAAUUUGAUCUUCUCUGUGUUUUUAGAGAUUCACAAAUCUUUGAUUAACUCUCAUCAUCUCUCCUUCUCUGUCUCACCGAAAACUGUAUCAUAAUUUCAAAUCCUUUCCAAUUCCAAUUCUUGAAUCUCAUACUCUUUCUAAAUUUUCCUUCAGUAGUUAAUUUCUCACCUUUUAAUUUUCUAGCGCGUUUCCUAUCAUUUCCUUCUUUUAAUUUAAAACCUACAAUU